AUAAGCUGAUGAUAUAAAUGGUGAGAUACUUUAUUUUCUUUGUUUGUUUACGUGCUCUCUAAGCGAAAGCCAAGUAAGCCCCAUCUCUCUCUCUCUCUAUCAUCACUUUCUCUCUCUAGGAAAAGCUUGUAACAGUGGAGGAAUUUCUGGAACCAGAUAGCUGAGCAGUUUGCGGGUUGAAAAUCUCUGCAAGGAAAAGAACCAAAAAAAAAAAAGCGUGUUCUGUUUGUGGAUUUAUAAUUAAUUAGGUGAUUACGUUAUUGAUGAAAGAGAGAGAGAAAGAAGCUAAAAAAUGCGCAAAUCUUUCAAGGAUUCACUUAAGGCCCUUGAAGCUGAUAUUCAAUUUGCCAAUACCUUGGCUUCUGACUAUCCCAGGGAAUACGAUGGCGGCUGCCUUCAGAUGAGGUUGUCGUACAGCCCAGCUGCUCAAUUUUUUCUCUUUCUUGUUCAGUGGACUGAUUGUCACCUUGCUGCUGCCUUGGGUUUGCUUAGGAUUUUCAUCUAUAAGGCAUAUGAGAAUGGGAAGACCACAAUGUCUAUUCAUGAAAGGAAAGCUAGUCUAAAAGAGUUCUACAGUGUCAUAUUUCCCUCCUUAUUGCAACUUCAAAGAGGAAUAACAGAAGUAGAAGACAGGAAACAGAAAGAAAUUUGUGCCUCAAAAUAUAGGAAAAGAGACGAAUCAUCUGAUAAGGGAAAGGUCUCGGAAAUUGAUUUAGAGAGAGAAGAAGAAUGUGGUAUUUGCAUGGAGAUGAACAGCAAGGUCGUCUUUCCCAGUUGCAAUCAUUCAAUGUGUAUGAAGUGCUACAGAGAUUGGCGAGCUCGCUCUGAAUCGUGCCCCUUCUGUCGGGACUGCCUCAAAAGAGUGAAUUCAUGUGACCUUUGGAUCUACACCAGUAGCACUGAGAUUGUCGAUUUGUCUGCAAUCUCCAGGGAGAACUUGAAGAGACUUCUCAUGUACAUUGAUAAAUUGCCUCGCAUUGUUCCUGAUCCAGCGUUUGUUUCAUAUGAUCCUCUUCGAUGAGUGGCUUCAUCAACACACCCCAUACUACCAAGAUUUGUGUUCUCAUUCCCAAUGAAACAAAAUUUGCAAGUAAUAUGUGGUUCUUUGUAUAUAAAAUUCCCGAACCUUUCAAGUUAAACAUUCAAAGAUGUAAAUAUCUAUUCGUUACUGGGCCUCGUCCUGUUGUUACACAUCAGAUGAUAUAUUUUCUCAUCUGGGAUUUGUGUUAAUUGGGAAACAUCUAAUUUUUCGUUU